UCCCCCCGGCCCGGCAUGAUGUCAUCCUUGCCCCCCGGCCCGGCUGUGAUGUCAUCCCUGCCCCCCUCCCCCCCGCCCGGCCAGGGCUCUGCGGGGCCGGGGCCGCGCCCUCCAGGCCAGACGAGGGGAUCGGCCGGGGGCGGCAGGCGGGAGCGGCUCCUGCCGCGGCUGUUUGCACCAGCCCCGUGCGGCCGGAGGGGGCCGAGCCCUGGGCGCCGGGGACGGGCGGAAGUCUUGGGCUUGCGCCCCUCGGACCGACUGCCCCGGCUCCGCCGGGGGGCCGCUCCGCGGCGCGGCAGUGGGUGGUGCAAGGACCGCGGCGGGCGGGGCGGCCCCGACUCGGGCCGCGCCGGGACCCGUGUGACGGCGGGGCGCGUCCGUCCAGCGGAUCGUUGUAAAGAGGUGCAGCAGAUCCGAGAGCAGCAUCCAAAUAAAAUCCCGGUCAUCAUUGAGAGAUACAAGGGGGAGAAGCAGCUGCCUGUCCUGGAUAAGACCAAAUUCCUUGUCCCCGACCAUGUCAAUAUGAGCGAAUUGGUAAAAAUUAUCCGGCGCCGCUUGCAGCUGAACCCAACCCAGGCGUUCUUCCUCUUGGUGAACCAGCACAGCAUGGUGAGCGUCUCCACCCCCAUCUCAGAGAUCUAUGAGCAGGAGAAGGAUGAGGAUGGCUUCCUCUACAUGGUCUAUGCUUCGCAGGAGACUUUUGGCUACUGAGACCCAGAGAGAGACAGCACUUGGGGAUAAACCAAGACUGUUGCACACAGGCCCUUCCCUAGGACAAUGCAGCCAGAGGCUCAUGGCACAGGAGCCAUGCAGAUCCCCCAUCCCACCUGCACCUGGAAUGCAACUGAUGAAGCUAGUUCAGCGCAUUUGACUUGAGAGCCCCCGCCCUUUGUGUAGAUUAGUCCCCAUUCCCCACAUGCUGCACCAGCCACGCGUCUCCCCAUCCCACUCCCCAUUGUGAACUGCAGCUGCUCUUAGUGUGCUCUGUAAGUUUGUGCGUGUGUGUGUGUGUGUGUGUGCAUUUUCUUAGCCUAAUGCCAAAAUGGUUGGGCUGGUGGCAGGGAGAGGGGAGAGGGUGCUGCCUCCUUGGCCUUCAGCACAGGGAGGGGGUCGUCCUCCGAGACUAAUAAAGGGCAGGCAGUCUGCAAAAACAAACAAUAUCAUUGCUCUUUGAGUUCUAAUGUUAAUUACACGCAUAUCAAAUUCUUGGUGCUACCGAGUAGAUGUAGGCAUCUCUAUAGGACUGUGGAUAAUGUAUAUCCUUUAGAUUUAUUUUAUUAAUUUGUUUUGGAACUGGGAGAGGGGGUAAUUUUGCCUGUAUCAUGUAGAUAAAUAAACUGAGCUUCUUUGCACUUUAAAGCGUAGUAGAUGCAAGAGCGGAGUUACCCUAAUUUAUAUAGAUCUGACAUAUAUGGCACUGCUUCUCUGUCAACAUUUGUACCUUGGUUUCUUGUGUUCUCUCUUUUUUAAAAUAAACCCAAUCCUUCCCCCUC